CCCCCCUCUCCGGUGCUGUUUUAAGGCCCGCGGAUCAGCCGGGCGGGCCGCGGCCUAGUCCCGGGCUGCCCGUUCCUUUGGUUUCCCGGCGGCGCCGGGCCCUCACGCGUUAGGGUAGUGGGUGAACGAGGCGAGGUCCCUGGCAGCUCCUCCACCCUUCCCUGAAUCCUCAGGGAUGCUUUUCCAGGAUGAGGUCCCUCUCCUCCCUCUGGCCAGACCCCAAAACCCCCCCGAUUCCUCCCCAGGAAGCUGGAGUGCGUGGUGCCACUCACGCACGCUCGUCUCUUUGCCCUCCUGCCUGAAACCGCCCUGGGAGAGCAACGGAGACACCAUGGCCAAGAAAGACAGCCUCAAGGAGAGCUCGGGUGGCUGCGAACUGACCAAGGUGGCCAGUUUAACCCAGUUUCCCAGCCACCAGAAGGGUUCCACCAUGGGGAACUCAGACACGGAGCAGAAGGCGCCCUACGAAGAUGCCUCCGGGGAUCAUGGGGAGAUGGUGAAUACCAUUUCCAGCAGCAUGAACCCUCUGCAGCCACCGGAUGCCUCCUCGGAGGAGCCUUUUACCACCUACUUCGACAGCAAGAUCCCCAUUCCCGAAGAUGAAACGCACUCCUGCUUUAGUUUCCGCAAGCUCUGGGCUUUCACGGGGCCGGGGUUUCUGAUGAGCAUUGCUUACCUGGAUCCGGGCAACAUCGAGUCGGAUUUACAGUCCGGGGCCGUGGCAGGAUUUAAGCUUCUCUGGGUCCUGAUGCUGGCGACCAUCAUCGGGCUGCUCCUGCAGCGGCUGGCGGCCAGGCUGGGGGUGGUGACGGGGCUGCACCUCGCCGAAGUCUGCAACCGGCAGUACCAGAAGGUUCCGCGGAUUAUCCUGUGGCUGAUGGUGGAACUGGCCAUCAUCGGCUCCGACAUGCAAGAAGUCAUCGGCUCGGCCAUUGCCAUCAACCUCCUGUCUAUGGGCAAGAUCCCGCUGUGGGGCGGCGUCCUCAUCACCAUCGCCGACACCUUCGUCUUCCUCUUCCUGGACAAAUAUGGCUUGCGAAAGCUGGAAGCCUUCUUUGGUUUCCUCAUUACCAUCAUGGCUCUGACGUUUGGAUACGAGUAUAUCACAGUCAGACCCGACCAGGGGAAGCUGCUGCAGGGACUGUUCAUCCCCUAUUGCAAGGACUGCGGGACCCCCCAGCUGGAACAGGCCGUGGGGAUCGUGGGGGCCGUGAUCAUGCCCCACAACAUGUACCUCCACUCUGCCUUGGUCAAGUCCCGGCAAGUGAACCGUGCCAACAAGAGGGAAGUACGAGAAGCCAACAAGUAUUUCUUCAUUGAGUCCUGCAUCGCUCUCUUUGUCUCCUUCAUCAUUAACAUCUUUGUCGUCACCGUCUUCGCUGAGGCUUUCUUUAACCAGACGAAUGCCGACGUGCACUCCAUCUGCGUCAACGCCAGCAGCCCCCACUCCUCCCUCUUCCCCAACGACAACAAGACGCUGGAGGUGGAUAUCUACAAAGGGGGCGCCGUUCUGGGCUGUUACUUUGGCCCUGCCGCUCUCUACAUCUGGGCCAUCGGGAUCCUCGCCGCCGGCCAGAGCUCAACGAUGACGGGGACCUACUCGGGGCAGUUCGUUAUGGAGGGCUUCCUGAACCUGCGUUGGUCCCGAUUCGCCCGGGUGCUGCUGACACGCUCUAUCGCCAUCACCCCCACCCUCUUGGUGGCCAUCUUUCAGGAUGUCGAGCACCUGACGGGCAUGAACGACUUCUUAAACGUUCUCAUGAGCCUCCAGCUUCCCUUCGCUUUGAUCCCCGUCCUGACCUUCACCAGCCUCCCCAGCGUCAUGAACGAUUUUGCCAAUGGACUGUUCUGGAAGGUGGCCGGUGGCCUCCUCAUCCUCCUCAUCUGCUGCAUCAACAUGUACUUCGUGGUGGCCUACGUCAUGUCCCUCAACCACAUGGCUCUGUACAUCGGGGCUGGGAUUCUCAGCGUGAUCUACCUGGGCUUUGUGGCCUAUUUGACCUGGCUGUGUCUCAUCGCCCUGGGGGUCUCCUUCCUGGCCUGCGGGAAAACGCUCCGUUUGGGAUUCGCUGCUCGCCCGGAGCUUUUCCUCCUCAACAACGUCGACGCCGACGCUCUCGUCGCCCGAUGAUCCCGACUCCCCCCUGGGAUCCCCCCCAUUUUGUGCCGCAAAAAACAUCCCCCCCCCC